CACACACACACACACACACACACACGGAAAACUGCACACAAGACACCGACACACUCCAAGAAGCGGUGUUUAAUUAUGGCACAAAUGUUCACACUUUCUGACAAUGAGUCGGACACAUCAGAAGACAGAGAGGACUCUGGUCACCGUCAGACAGAAGCCAAGAGUGGAUCACCGCAGAGGAAGCAGCACCUCACUGUACCUGAUAAGCUGAAAGCAGAGCAAUUUGGGAGGCAGAGGAAUCUCUCGAUGAACGAGGAGGACCUGCUGGUGGCAGGAGAGGAAGACUUGGCUGGAGGCGAUCCUUUCAGACCUCGAUCCCGCUCUGCUCCCCCAGUUCUGUGGGCAGCUAAGAAAUAUGGCCAGCAGCUGAGAAGAAUGAGCGAUGAGUUUGACAUCCUCCUUGAUAAAGGGAUGAAGAGAGUAAAGAGUGCAGGAACAGCACGUCAAAUGCGACAGUCACCCAGCUGGUUGGCCCUCCUCUGGAGCCACAAAGAGUCUGAUGCUGAGUCACGUCCCGCAGAGUGAUUGAUUGAAUGUGAAUGAAUGAUGGAAGAAGAGAGAAAAAGAGGACUACUGUACAUAAUAGUUGGGAGGUAAAAGAAAAGGAUGCACUGCAUUGAAGUGAAGGAAUAAUUCCACUGACUGGUUUAAACCCUUUUCAUGAGCUGCACUGGGACUCUUGACUAAAGAAACCCAUAUUCUGUUUCUCACUGGCAUGUGCUAUACCACAGAGAAUACACAAAGUGGAGAUUUCCUUCUGAUCUUUCUAUAACUCUAAAAACACUAUACGGUAAAUUUAGUGAAAGUGAGAAAAUGAUAUCAGCAUGCUGAAAACACAAAGAUUGUCAAACUCUGCAAUAGUUCUCAAAUUCAGCAACAACAACAGAUACAAUGAAUCCUGGACAGAUGACUCUCCACUUUUUCAUUUUGAGGAAAGAAUAAAAUUAAGAUGAUGGAAUAUUUUUUUUAACAAAAGCACAUCAGAGAAGUCUGAGGAGUUUUAUUGUACACUGUUAAAUGAUUUUUUUAACAAUAUUUUUAGACAAUCUUCUGUACAAGAACAUGAACUUGGUAGCAUUUUUAUCCACAGUGGCACAUACAGGGUUCAUACUGUCAAGGGACUUUGACCACUUUGGG